CCAAAUAAAAGAUUAGGGGUAAACAUACCAGCCUUUUCUCAACAGCACAAACAACAUGAAAUCUACAACAAUAAGCAGAACAUGGAAGAUGCUUUUCUUGCUCUUUGCGUUUCUCUUGACUAGAGCUCAUGGACAGAAUACUUCCUGCUCUUCCUCUGAAUUCUCCUUUGAGAUGUUCAGCAAAAAACUUCAGGAUAUGAAAAAUUGUUUGGAAACUGUCUCUGAUACAUGGACAACAUAUCAAAGAGCAAACCUUUUUAAUCAACUACAAACGCUGACUGAUAUCAUCCAGAAAAAACAAAACAAAGAGUUCCUGCCAGCAAACUGCACAGCUCCGACAGUGCCCAAGGAUGGAGGACUGCUGUGUGUAUCUGUCAGGGAUAAGACUAAGACCUACUGUAAACCUAUGUGCAAUACAGGUUAUGAUUUCGACUUUUUAAGAAGAUCACGGCUGUUCGAGGAAUGCAGUGCUACCACACAACACAAAUGGACAACACAGUAUAUUGGUGGCAACAGGCUGGCUAUAUGCAACAAGUCCAAAAUUAAGGUAUCAGGAGCCCCCUCUGCCUACUUCCCUGAGGACCAUGACUGUAACAAAAUAAAGAGCCAUGAACAACUACUGGGGAAUAUAACAAAUAUCUUCCAAUCAGAGCUGAAAAAGGCAGGCAUCCCCGAAGGCAUUCUGAAGGAAUUCAGCCUUCUCUGCGGCUAGAACGAGAUUCAAGGAGCUUUUUUGGGGUAUUGAAUGUAAGGCAUGAUUCAUGGAAGUGCAAAAACUUAAGUGUUCUAAUUUCUACAGUUUACAUUUUUUACUUAAGGAAAUUAGAACAUAGUGAUGUGAUGCAGAAACAGUAAUAAACAUGAUGUGAAUAAUGUGCUCAAAUCAAAUUAACCAUAAUAAUUGAAUAACUUAUACAUUUACCAAUUAACGAAUUUUCAUAAUGUCAAGUUUCAGUAUGGAAAUACCACAGUAGAUGACAAAGGUAAAACAUAAGGAGCAAACUGGUACAGGCAGAAUAAUUUAAAACAAAGAAUAUAUAUAUAUUUUUUUUAAGCUUUAAUUGUUGGGCUGGGAAGUCUUAAAAAAUCAUCAGACAUUAGUCAUGUUUUUCGAAGCAAUUUUACAGUAUACAAUUAAUCACCUUCAGGCAAUGGGAAAAUAAAGCAGGCUAUUACUAAGGGGUUUCAGACGAUUUAAUUUCCGUGGCUGGAAUGGAAUUUCCGUGCCUGUUUAUUUCAUGCAAAUGCUGCAUCUGCAACAGAAAUUGUGUGAUUUUCUCAGGCCAUUUCCAUCUGUCCAAAAUGCAUAAUAAAGUAUUUCUUUACAAAUAAGCAACCUA